GUUGAAACGUCCAUAUCAAUUUAAUUAUAAUAAGAGCAUUUUGAAAAUGUUAUACAAUAAGAAAUUUCCACGUAGUUUCAUCUCUUCCACUAUCAAUUUCUUUGUGGCCAAAACAAAUUCAACUACGAAAAGCUUAUCCUUAUCUACAUAUAAUGUUAGAGCAGAAAAUUAAUAGAAUAGUCUUCUUGUGCUUAUUGCAAGCUUGUCUCUUUAAAAUGACUACACCUCCUUUAACUACUCUAUGGUUGAUCAUCAUUGUUAUUUUAUCUUCUUCCACAAAUUGUUUCUCAAUAUUCAUUUCUAAUCUAACAUCUUCACAACCACUCUCAUUAAACCAAACUCUUGUUUCCUGCAACCAUGUUUUUGAAUUAGGCUUCUUUACUCCCAACAACACUUCUACAAAUCAAUAUUUAGGUAUUUGGUAUAAGGGACAUGAUUCUCCUCGUUCAGUUGCAUGGGUUGCCAAUCGAGAGCAUCCACUUUCUCUUACAAGCUCUACUUCAUUAGCAGUUCUUCAAAUCAACAACAAUGGAAAUCUAGAGCUUAUUCAACACGAAGAACUACAAAAUUCUUCCUCGACAAUUUGGUCAACCAACGUUGACCUUCGAUCAAAUAGAACUAGUAGUACGUUAGGUCUACUUUUAGACAAUGGAAACUUCGUCCUUAGAGAUGUCACUUCAGGUGAAAAUUUGUGGGAGAGUUUCAAAAAUCCAUGUGAUACAUUCUUUCCAGGCUCCGUUCUGGGUUUCAAUCUCAAAACUGGCGAGGAUUACAAGCUAACUUCAUGGAAAAAUGAAAACGAUCCAUCGCCUGGAAAUUUCAUUUUCGAAAUCAUAAAGAAAACACUUCCUGAAAUCGUGAUUUCGAUUAAUAAUGGAUCAUCAUCUACCAUUUACUCGAGAAGUGGACCUUGGAAUAAGUUGAAGUUCACUAGUAAUGGCAACCCAACCAUAUAUUCUUCUUAUAGGACUCCAUUCAACCUAGUCGAAAAUGUAGAACAAGGAACAACAUAUUUGAAGACAAACGAUGAGUUCACCAACUCGGUUUUAUUUCUUUCACCAAAUGGAACGGUGAUGGUUGUGAUGAAAGAUAAAGCUAAUUAUGGGAAAAUAAGCUAUCAGGGUCCAAGUGCUUGCAAUUUUUACGGGAGAUGUGGACCAUUUGGGGCGUGCCAAAGGACAGAAUCUCCAUUGUGCAAGUGCUUAAGAGGGUUUAAGCCAAAAUCACAACAAGAGUGGAACAAAGGAAAUUGGAGCGGAGGGUGUGUUAGGGAAAGUGAAUUAUUUUGCGAUAAAAAUGAUGACUAUUUUGAGUUGAUCUCUAAUAUUCGUAUUCCCGAUAUGUAUGUAUUUGUGCAAGUUGCUUCAAACAACCUUGAUACAUGUCAUAAAUGGUGUAUGAAUAAUUGUUCUUGUAUAGCUUAUUCAUUUAUUGAUGCGGUAGGGUGUAUGGUUUGGCGAAACACACCCCUUAUUGAUAUUAGAAUACUUGAAAGUGAUGAUGCAAAUGAUUUGUAUUUUCGCAUUGCGGCCUCAUCAGAAUUACAAGGUUAUCGUGGGAGACAAACAAAAAUCAUAAUAAUUGCUUGUGUUGUGGCUCUAUCAAGUGGUGCAAUAUUAUUAGGUGGAAUAGCAUUUGUUGUACAUAAAAGAAAAGCUGAAAGCAAAGGUAACAUUUCAAUUGAUAAUGAUUUCACAAGAGGAGGAGAUGAUCAACCUGAGCUUCAUUUUUUUGAGUUGGAUAGUGUAUUAAUAGCCACAAACAACUUCAGCAUUACCAACAAACUUGGCCAAGGAGGGUUUGGCUCUGUGUAUAAGGGACAACUAAAUGGGAAGGAAGUCGCAGUGAAAAGACUUUGUAGCAACUCAUCACAAGGAGAUGAAGAAUUUAGGAAUGAGAUGAUAUUGAUAUCAAAACUUCAACACAGAAAUCUUGUUAAGCUAAUUGGAUGUUGCAUUGAAAAUCAAGAGAAGAUAUUAAUAUACGAGUUCAUGUUCAACAAGAGUUUGGAUACUUUUAUUUUCGAUAAAGAAAGAAGAGCAAAACUUGAUUGGGAGCAUAGGUUCAAGAUUAUUGAUGGGAUUGCAAGAGGUCUUUUAUAUCUUCAUCGUGAUUCAAGUUUAAGGGUUAUACAUAGAGAUUUAAAGGCAAGUAACAUUCUAUUGGAUGAGAAGAUGAACCCUAAAAUAUCUGAUUUUGGAUUGGCAAGGAUUUUUGAAGACACAUUAAACCAAGCAAACACUCAUAGGGUGGUGGGAACCAUUGGUUAUAUGUCUCCAGAGUAUGGAAUGAGAGGAAUAUUUUUUGAAAAAUCUGAUGUUUUUAGCUAUGGCGUGUUGAUACUAGAAAUAAUAAGUGGAAAAAAGAAUUCUAGCUUCCUAUAUGGAGACCAAUACGAAAGCCUUAUUGCAUAUGCAUGGCAAUUGUGGAGUGAAGAUAGAGGUUUAGAGUUGGUGGAUGAAAAAUUAUUGGGUGAAUCAUAUGAUAAAUCACAAGUGAUGAAAUGCAUACAUAUUGGGCUACUAUGUGUUCAAGACCUUGCUUCAGAUAGACCCUCUAUGGCUAAUGUAGCUUCCAUGUUAAGCAACCAAGUAUUUGAUCAACCUCAACCUAAACAACCUAUUUUUACUUUUCAAAUAGCUACUCAUGAUUCUUCAACAAAAACUAGUAGUAGAUUCUCAGUCAAUAGGGUUACUCUAUCGUUGCUUGACCCGAGAUAAACUAAUAAUUUAUAGUUUUUGAAAGCACUGAUAAGGCCAAACGCGUUGGUUGAAAGAGCAUUAAAUCAUUUGAAAUGAGUAAUCUUUUUCUUAGUUCUAUUUAGAAUCGACUCUAACAGGUCUGUGAGCUCGAGCUGGAAGAAGGGCGGUGAAGCUUUCGUCGCGCUUGGCUGUUUCGGCAAACAAACAAUACUAUAUAAAUAACAAAUAUAUAGUACUAUACAUGUUGAAGUAUAUUUUACUGCUUCUUGAUUUUAUUAAUUACUUUAUUCAAAA